AUGGGUUCCCACGCGGCCCCCAAGCGUCCCAUUGUCAUCGGCAACGUCGCCGGUGCGAUGGAAGACUGCCCAACAGCGAUGCAUCGCAUGGUUACCUCGGGCCACCUCGACGCCAUCACCGGCGACUGGCUCUCGGAGCUGAACAUCGCCUGGAACGCAAUGCGCAAAUACUCGGACCCCACGCAAGGCUACGAGGUCGGAUUUCUGGAGCAGCUCGAGUCGAGCAUCGACGUCAUCGCUGCCAAGGGGAUCAAGGUUGUCACCAACGCGGGGGCUCUCAAUACGCCCGAAUGUGCUAAGAGGGCCCGCGAGAUCUGCCAGCGUAAGGGCCACGGCCACCUCAAGGUCGCCUAUGUGGCAGGAGACGACAUUUCCGACAACGUCAGGGACAAGGUCACGCAAGGCCAGAUGCGCCAUCUGGACCAUGCGGAUCGGACACUGGCGGACUGGGGCCAUGAACCGCUAUGCGGCGUGGCCUACUUUGGCGCAUGGGGCAUCGUCCGCGCGCUAAGGGAGGGCUGUGACAUCGUCAUCUGUGGGCGGGUCACGGACGCGAGUCCCAUAAUUGCCCUGGCGGCGUGGUGGCACGACUGGGGAUAUGAGGACUGGGACAGACUGGCGGGGGCAUUGGUUGCCGGACACCUGGUCGAAUGCGGGCCUUACGUCACGGGCGCCAACUUCACCGGUGUCCGGCCGCAACUCGAGGGCAUGGUAGACCUGGGCUUCCCCAUCGCCGAAAUCGCGCACGACGGCACAACCAUCAUCACCAAGCAGCCAGGCCACGCGGGCUUCGUGGACCAGAUGAACGUGCGGGCGCAGCUCCUGUACGAGAUCCAGGGUAGGCAGUAUAUCAACUCCGACGUGCUGGCCGAUAUCGGCGGCGUCAAGAUCGAGAACACGGGCGAGAAAGACCGUGUGCGCGUUUCCGGCGCCGUGGGCGGGCCACCGCCGCCAACAACCAAGGCUAUUGUCGUGGCCAUCGGCGGGUACCAGGCCGAGGCGACCUUCUACAUGAACGGGCUCGACUUGGACGCCAAGGAGAGGUUCAUGCGCCAGCAGAUUGAGCAUGUCUUCAAGGACGCGAACUUCUCGGAGCUCAGCAUCGAGCGGUACGGGUCCGGUGCGGCGAACCCGAGCAGGCAGGCGCUGGGUACGGUGUCGAUCCGGGUGCUGGUAAAGGGAAAGACGAAGGAGGAUAUUGGGGAGGAUGUCUUCCGGAAGAACAUAUACGCCUUGAGGAUGCAGUUCUAUGCAGGCUACCACAUGUCCCUCGAUUUCCGGACCAUGACCCCCAAAAUGUUCAUGGAGCUGUUCCCCGCGCUCAUCUCCUACCAAGACCUCCCCCACCGAGUCGUCAUCGACGAUCAGGUAAUCGACAUCAAGCACCAUGGAAUCACCGCCCCGCCACCGGAUAAGCGGCCCAGCUACGAGACAGCAAACCCCAUCUCCCUGGAGUCGUUCGGCUUCACCUGUCGCGUGCCCCUGGGCGCCGUGGCGCACGCCAGGUCGGGAGAUAAGGGCGACAACUGCAACGUGGGCAUCUUUGUUCGCUCAACGGAGGAGUAUAAGUGGCUGCAGUCGUACCUUACUACGCCAAAGAUCAAGGCUCUGCUCGGCGAAGACUGGAACGAGUCGAUCGCCGUUGAGAGGUGCGAGUUCCCCCAGAUCCUGGCAGUCCACUUCCGCUUCUUGGAUUUCCUGGGCGGCGGCGCGGCGAGUAGCGCCCGGAUCGACAUGUUGGGUAAGGGUGUGGCCGAGUAUCUUCGGAGUAAGGUGGUGGAUGUCCCAGCCAAGUUUUUGAGUAACCCCAUUUCGCUUGGUUAAGGUAGGACGACAAGGGAGUCUCUUGAAGUCUCGCCGUACAUAGCACCUACUUAGAAGAGAAUAUAUUGCAUCAUUAGGACUGCGAUCGUCUUGGCUUUCGUACUUCCUAGGAUUGGUGAAAGGUGU